AUGCCUGCUGCAUUUUCAUUUGGGAUAGAGGUGGAGUACCUCGUGCCUUACCUUUACACCGACGACAUAGACCCAGAGCCAAAAGAUAGACGCACCAUUGACAGAACACCCCCAGGCAUCAACGACUUCACUGACCCAAACGGCUACAUAAUCGACAAUGUCGUCUACAACCGUGUGCGCAGGACUCUCCGGGACGUCGGCCUACCAGCAGCGGUGAUGCCCGAGCUGCCCGUCGGGCCCCUCCCAUCCCAAUGGGAGCCGGUAAGGGACGAAUCCCUCGUGGAAGACGACGACAUGGCAGAUCUCUACGGAAGCAACUUUAUCCCUCUCGAAAUCCGCUCUCCCGUCCUCAACGCCGACAGAGCCAGCUUCCGCUCCGUCAGGUUAGCUAUUGACGCUUUAGUAUCCAAGCACCGCUUACUUAUCACAGACACUUGCGGCUACCACGUCCACGUCGGCCGGGGCAAAGAGGGCUUCAGCCUGCCGGCCCUCAAGAACAUCGCUGCCUUCCUCUGGGUCUUCGGGGGCCAGCUCGGCACCUUGCAUCCGAAAAAUCGCCAUAAUAACGGCUAUGCAUCAUCGAUGCGGAAGAAAUCCAAUAUCUCGCACCACGCAGAGGACCUGUGCGAGGGCAUCCGGGAAAUUUACGCUGCGAAGACAGCGCGCAGGCUGGUCUACCUGAUCCACUGGACAUACCCGGACGAGGAGUUCGAGAGCGACGAUGUCUUCAUCCGCAACAUGGCAUAUAACUUCGUCAACAUCGUGCACGCCGAGGGCAAGAAUACGAUUGAGUUCAGACAGUUCGCCAGCACGACUGAUAGCUUGCAUGUUAAGAUGUGGGCGGAGGUGUGCGUGGGUAUCGUUAUGGCUUGUGCGGAGAGGAAUGAGCUGGAGUUCAGUGCUUUUCUGCUCGAUGCUGCUGACAAGGAGGAGAAUAGGCCUAAGGAGGUCUUGGAUAUUGCUCAGCUGCUUAGUAGGAUUGGGUUGCGAGACCAGGCGAAUUGGGCGCAGCAGCGCUGUGAGGAGCUGGGGUCUCGGAAAUGCUCGAUCCAGUAA